CAUAACCUCAAAAUCAACCGGGUUUCUAGUUUAUGACGCUGAAUUUGUUACUUGCGUUUAUUGGUAUGCUUAAAAGUUUACCGUGCCUUAAGGAUUGUUUAUCGUGUGAAAAAUUUCGGAUAUCGUCAGGAGGUAACAAGAACUUCUUCUACAAGCAGAAAAAUGGAUGACGAAGAGGUGCGAAACUCCGAGGCCGAGGAUGGGGAAUAUUACUUUGAAUCCGAUCACCUGGCACUAAAGGGGAAUAAAGAUUAUACAGCACUUUUAAAAACAAUUGUAAUACUAGAGGCUCAGAGAACCCAAGGAAUCGCUGACUUGGAUAAAUUAUUAGAAAUCCAAGCAGUUGCGGUAACGGAUCCCAUAUCUUUCGUCGCCAGACUACAGGAUGGCGAUCUUCUCGAGCUUCCUGGGCCACAAAAAAUUGCUGAAAUUCCCUACAUUGAUUGGACUCAGUAUAAUAUAGUAUUACCCGAUAGCUCUAUGCGACCACAAACUCGGCAUGGACCGAUUCUUCCUCAACUUCAAAUAAAAAGCGAACCUGACGAUGGAAAGGUUCUUGUACGAGGCCGAGCAUUUGACCAAACAAAACCUGAGACAUUCAACCAGCUAUGGACAACAGAAGAACAGCGACGUUUAGAGGAACUUUUGGUCGAAUAUCCGCCUGAAGAAGUAGAAAUGCGCCGUUGGACCAAAAUUGCCAAUGCACUUGGUAACCGAACGCCUAAGCAAGUCUCAAGCCGUGUACAAAAAUAUUUUAUCAAGCUACUCAGAGCUGGACUUCCAAUUCCCGGAAGAGGACCGAAAGUUAAAUUGGAUGUUAAAAGAAGUUUGAAUCACAGACACCAACGAAAUAAUUAUUUGUUGUUUAGACCCUCCACGUUUUUUCCACAUCAGGACAUGUCUUUCAACAUUGGCGACGAUAUGCGCGAUAUGUCGGUGACUGAGGACUCGGAGGAUGAUGGUGGAAAUGGAACCACUGAAGAUACUGCAGAGUUGAGACAUAUUCAGUUGCUUCGACAAGUCAAAGCAGAAAAAGAAGAUGAACAGUUGCAGGCUUAUCAGCAUGUUGGAUACAAAUGUUCAUUGUGCGAAGAAGAGCCUCUGAAGGGAACCCGAUGGCAUUGCGAAGAUUGUCAAGGUAAAACGAAUCUCUGUGGAGAUUGUGCUGUCGCACAAUUGGAGUCUGAAACGCCAAUGCAUUCCCCGUUACACAAAUUAUGUGCCGUUCGACCAUCUCAGUCAAAUAGAAGCUACGACACGGAUUAUUUUCCACAAAACUUCAGUAAUUCAUCGUACAAUUACCUAGAUCCUAAUUUUCUGCCUGAAUAAUUCUAUUUGAUAUUUUUAAAUCAGCACGAAGUAUAAGUGCAAAACAAUUUGCUUCGUUUUAAUGCACAAUCAUUGAAUAAUUUCGCGUAUUGGGAGAUAUUAUCAAAUCAGAAAAACGACUAAGUCUUAGAAAAAAUGGUUUUAUUGAUACUAUACACAAAUUUUAGUUUGCUGAAUCAUUUUUAGCAAAUAUCACAUAAAUUUUGGUUUCUAGUUCCCGAAAAGUGCCGUUCCGUAAACUGUUUCGUAUCUCCUUGAAAUAUUCUAGGUAAUGGUGUAUGUUAUGUCUGAAAUUUGAAAAAGUUCGGUAGAAGUAUAAAUUGCCCUCAAAAUAUUGCCAAGAAAAAUGCUCUUCAUUUUACUUACAUCAUUAAGAGAACUGCGCCCAAGAGUUCUUUGGUCUGAUACAAGUGAUGCAGAUACGCUCUCGUAUGAUUCAAACAUGUCAAACACUUGCAAUCUUUGCAAAUAGGUGUGAAAUCAUCCGCAUACCUUGAACAAUUAAAAAGUAAAUCAGAUACUGUUUCGUUCAAUUCAAAAUAUAGAUGCACAGAGAAUGUAAAUUACCGUUUUUCUGAUAUCGAUAUCAUAGGCGAUUCGCCGGUUUCAGAAUGAUGGUAUAAAAAUGUGAGUGCACAUGAUCGUUCGGUGAUGAGAUAGGGAUAAGAAGAAUCGAAUAAAUCCACUCCUAGUUUGAUGAGAUUUAUUACAGUUACGGGGUUCCAGGCACCCAUCGUGACACGCAUUUUGUCCUGUGGUAAUAAGCUCUGAAAGAAAUAAUGCGAUCAGGUUGGAAAAUAGAAUAUUCAAGAAGCUGAGUAGUGCAUUUUUUUGAUGAUGUACCAACAAUCGUGUGUUUGACGAUAUCUUCCACAAACUGGAAAGGGAUCUUUUCAGUUUCUGGUCCGUUAUUGUGUAACCCGUCAAUAACAUAUCCAGCCAAAUCUUUGCCUUCUAAAUGUUUUAUGCUCAUUUCUCUAGCCGUUGUGUUGUAUCCACCGC